AUGGCGAGGGACAGCAGCUCGGUAGUAGAGCAAAACAGGCUGCUCACGCAACUGCUCUCGCUCAGCCUGGCCAACUCCAAACUAUCGAAAGAGGAUCUUCUAGUUCAGGUCUCGGACCAAGUGCCUGCAGGCCGCGGACUGGUUUUCACCCGUCGCAUCGAAUCAGAGCAAGCAGUGCUGACAUUGCCGUUCGACACGCUGAUUAACAUCAAGAGCUACAAGUCGUUCUUGCAUCCAGACACGCUUCCAAGUGCUGUCGAUAUCGCAGGGAGUGAUCACAAGAGCAAAAGCAAACGGAGGCUAUCGUCUGCACAGUUGCUGUCGUUGCUUCUUGCCCGAGCUCAGCUCGAGCUCGCGUUGGGACGAACGAGAACGAGCGCAGAGACAACAAGCAAGCACGAAGCUCUGCAGCUGUUCAUCCGUACCUUACCGGAAAGGUUCGACACGGUGCCAUUGACGUGGUUCUUGCUAGCCCGUCGACUUGCGCACGACGAAGAGCUUGAGGCGGCAGCGACGUGGAAACAGCGCUUCUUCCAAUCUUUGCUCCAAGCACUACCGCCUCACAGCCAGCACCUAGAACGCAAAGUGCGCCAACGUUUCGAACGAGACUGGCUUUGCUUGUGCACCCUCCGAGACUCGAACUGCGACCUGCUCGCCGAACCAGUCUUGCUCGCCUCAAAUCCGGACCUAGCUCGCGCCCUCGUCCGCGCCAUCGAUGUCGACACCUUCCUCUGGGCGUGGCUGUGCGUCAACACGCGCUGCGUAUUCCUCCCACUCUGUCUCGCAGACCAUGCGGACAACUUCACCCUCGCACCCAUGCUCGACAUGGCCAACCACACCUCGGAUCCGUCGUUCGAGUGCAAAGUGCGCUAUGCUGCCGACGGCGGGCUUGAAAUGUACGCUCCCAGCGGCUCUGACGCUGAAACGUGCGUAGCUGUGCCUGGCGACGAAUGUUUCAUCACCUACGGUCCGCACUCAAACGAGAAUCUGCUUUCCGAGUACGGGUUUGUGCUUCCGGCUCAAUUGGAGUUUGGGCGCGAUCAGGCAGCGGAUGACGAGCUGACGUGGCGUGGGAGCAGAUACGUCGAUGUGCUGAUGGACGAGCAAGUGGAAAGCUUGUUCAAGGCGCAAGGUGCGGAUGGCGAAGCAAAGAUUGAGUUACUACAGAACAGAGGCUACUGGGGCGAGUUCACCGCACAUCCUUACCCUGAGCCUGCGCACCCAUCCCAUCGACUCAUCCCGGCACUGCGACUCGCCGCGCUCGACCUAGGCUCCUCUUCACCGUCCAAGACUGCUAGCAAAAUCGCCAAAGUCAAAGCUCAGCCCGGAGUGAAAGCGGGAAAGAAGGUGCCGUUUCGUGCUCAGGAUGGAAUAUCCGACCUGGAAAAGUGGGAGGAGACGCUCGCGGGAUAUCGCGAUACAGUGUCGCCGGAGAACGAACAGCAAGCUCGAGACAUCUUGAUUGAUCUGUGCACUGCGCGUCGGAAAGAAACCGACACGGCUCGUAGACACCUCGCUGCGGCACAGGGCAUCCUCGAAUCGCAUCGUAGCGAUGCGCAGACAAGCAAUGGUAUUCGAUCUGAGCCGGAUUACGACGGAUGCAAGCUCAGCUUGGCCUUCGUGCAGCAGCUGAUUGAGGAGGAGGAGGCGGUGCUCCGGCUGGUCAGUCAAGCUGCGCGCGAUCAAGCCGAGUGGUGA